UUUUCAGACAAUCACUAUGUUAGUGGACAUUGUUUUUGUAAUAUAUUUUCUUUUUAUUUAUUCGAUUAAAAGUCACCAAUCGCAUUUUUAUAACAAUGCAUCUCUUAGAAGUGUCGAAUUUUCGGACGCUCCUAGAAAAAUCUUAUGUAGUGACAAUUCAGUUUGUGUUCCUUUUGUGCAAUGUCCAGCCCACGUCCGUAACGAAAUAAAAAAAUCUUGUCAAACUGUAACAGGCCGUGAGGGGGUUUGUUGUUUAACAGGACAAAAUCUCACAGCACCUGAAGAGAGGGAAGUUCAUGGUCGUCACCACUCACUACGAAUGAAUCUUCACACAAUAAAUUUACUUGCAAGACGAAGUCAGGAACAAAUAAGGGAAAUCCAAGCGAAAGAAGCUUUACUUUUGUCUGAUGGUUAUCUCGUAGUUCCUGGAUCACCAAGUUAUGAUCAUUUCAAAAAUUUUAAACUACUUUCAAGAAAUGACUUGUUUCAAGUUUUGGAUCUGGCUUCUCGAGCAAUGGAGAUUGCUUUGGCUACUAAAGAUUUCAAACAUCGUCAAGGCCUGACAACUCAACAAAUCGAAUUAGGGGUUCUUGAGCAGGACUUAAGACCAACAUCUCUUGGUAUAGCUUGUAAUAUCGAACCGAUUUGUCCUCCAAUUCCUGUAAAAUUUCGACGAAUUGAUGGGGCUUGUAAUAAUCUACUCCACCCCUCUUGGGGUACAGGAAUGACACCCUAUUCUCGCCUUUUACCCCCAAGUUAUGAAGAUGGUAUUUGGAUCCCUAGACUUUCUGAAACUGGUCAACCUCUGACAAGUGCGCGACUAAUAAGCACGACAAUUAUUUCAGAUGCUGAUUCUUUUAAUUAUGAUCAUACUUUAAUAGUAAUGCAGUUUGGACAGUUCUUGGCGCAUGAUGUGACACAAUCGAUUGAAAAUUCUUUUGCAAACGGUAGUGCCAUUUCUUGUUGUUCUUUUGACGGCAGAAGAAAAUUAACUCAAGAAGAACGUCACUAUGCAUGUAUGGCUAUUGACAUUCCUCACGAUGACCCUUUUUUCAGUAGAUUUGGGCAAGGAUGUAUGAAUUUUGUAAGGUCAGUCCUGGCACCUAGGCAGGACUGUACGUUAGGAUAUGCCCAACAAAUGAACAAAAUCACCCAUUUUAUCGAUGGUUCCAACAUUUAUGGCUCGACACCGGAGCAAACCGGCCGUUUGAGGAGUUUUCACCGAGGCAUGUUGAAAAUUUUUAAUGAUUUUGGACGUCAAAUGCUGCCUUUAUCACACGACGCUGAUGAAUGUUUGAGUAAAGGUCGAAACGGGGCUUGCUACAUGUCUGGGGACAGCAGGACGAAUCAAAUGAUUUCGUUAGUGGUUUUGCAUACGAUAUUUUUGCGAGAACACAAUAGACUAGCUGACGAGUUAUCGAAAUUAAAUCCUCAUUGGGAUGACGAGAAAAUAUUUCUGGAAACUCGUCGAAUUGUGAUAGCUGAGUUACAAGUUAUUGUUUACAAAGAGUUUCUUCCGAUUGUGGUAGGAGCAGCAGCAAUGGAGGAGUUUCACUUGGGACUAGCCCAAGGCAUGGAUUAUGCCCAGGAUUACGAUGGGUCAGUUGAACCAUCCGUGACAAAUGAAUUUGCGUCUGCGGCUUUCAGAUUUGGGCAUUCUGUCGUCGAUGGAUUGUUAAAAAUUUAUGGCAAAGAAAGGAUGGAAGAAAUGAUUUCAAUUCCAGAAACAAUGUUCCAGCCAAGUCGUAUGAGAAAACUCUUCUUUAUGGAUGAACUCUUAAGCACAUUAACGACCGAACCUCUUCAACAGGUCGAUAAUAACUUAGUGGAAGCUUUAACACGGUAUAUGUUCCGAGCUGGAAAUGCGUUUGGUAUUGAUUUAGCCUCAUUGAAUAUCCAAAGAGGCCGCGAUCAUGGAUUGAGGCCUUAUAAUGAUUACCGAGAAUUAGUCGGAUUACCUAGACUAAGACACUUUGAGGAACUUUCAUUCGAAUUGAGCGAAAAAUUGAAAAGUGUUUAUGCUUCCGUUAAUGAUAUUGAUUUGUGGGUUGGAGGAUUGUUGGAAGAGAAAGCUCCGGGGAGUAUCGUUGGGUACACUUUCAGGGAUAUUAUUGCCGACCAAUUUUACAGACUUAAGAAAGGCGACAAAUACUUUUUCGAAAAUGAUCCCAGUGUUAAUCCGGGUUUUUUUCAACCAGAACAACUAUUUGAAGUGCGAAAAGCGUCAAUGUCCCGAUUAAUCUGCGACAACAGUGAUGGGACUCUCCUCUCGCGUCAAGCUCCCAACGCUUUCAAAAAACCAGGAGUUAAGGGAAAUGAGUUUGUUGAUUGUGACGGGAAUGAUAUUCCACGUAUAAACCUACUUUAUUGGCGUGAAUAAAACCACAGUUUAGUUAUCUCAUCUAUCUUGCUUUUAUUUGAAAGCCUUGUGUACUUAAAUGUUGAAACAAUCAUCUAUAUUUGUAGUAAUUUUCUAAACAUAAACUGAAAACGUAA